AUAAUCAAACCUUAACUCACUGUUGUAAACCAAACUUGUUCUCGUUCUUCAUUUGCCACGUAUUCACUCGUCACACGUGACAACACCUCAAUCAACUAUAUGGACAUACCCUGUUUUUUUUUUUUGGAACAAAUAAUAGACUUGUCCUUUAGUUCAGAACAAGAGCUCUACAUACACUGAAAAGCCAAAAGAAUCCAUACACUGAAAAACCCAAUUAAGAGAAGAAGAAAAUGAGUCAGGAACAGCCACGGAGGACUCAAAGCGACCCAGAACCGACCAAAUACGGCGUCGUUUUCAACGUAUCGAAUGAACUCACAGAGAAACCUAUUGCUUCCCUGGACGCUUCCAUGAAGCAAACUGCUGAAUCGACCAUAUUGGGCCAGACCCAGAAGAGCGGUCCAGUCUGUACGAUGCUGCAGGCCUCAGCGGACCAAAUUGAAGGAGCCAGCGUUGUUGGCCACGUGGACGUCUCCGACGUGGCUAGAGCCGAAGGUGUUACCGUUACGGAAACUGACGUGCCUGGAUACCGGACAGUGACCGAAUCAGUCGGUGGACAGGUUGUUGAUCCGUAUGGUCAGUCGAUGGCCACAGCUCUGCUGAGUGAGGUGAGUGCAUUAACAAUAGAAGACGCUCUAGAAGCGACGGCGAAGAUCCUUAGGCAUAAGACGGUAGACCAAAGAGACGCGGCGGCGAUUCAAGCUGCGGAGGCUAGAGCGACGGGCAGUAAUGUCGUAACACCAGGUGGCCUCGCCGCCAUGGCUCAGUCAACGGCGACAUUCAAUUACGGUAUCGAUCUUGGCGAGAAAUACAAGUUUAAGCUCGGAGAUAUUCUCACCGGCGCGACUACGAAACUGCCGGUUGACAAGGCGGCGACACGGCAGGAUGCUGAAGUGGUAGAGAAUGCAGAGAUGCAGAACAACCCGAAUCAGACGACACAGCCAGGCGGAGUAGCGGCGUCUGUGAAGGCAGCUGCUAGACUCAACGAAACUGGUCGUAUAUGACUUAAUUUGCGUGCGACUUCUUUUCUUUCGCCUUCACCUAGGAUGGGGUUUGGUUAUUUAUUUCUUUUUGUUUUUCGUUUUUAUGUGUGUGUGAUAUAAUUAUUAAAGGUAUAUAUACGUAGUGUAAUAUGCUUGCUAUAUGUAUAUAUAAUAUUGUAUAAUAUGAUGUAUACAAGAGUGGACUUAUAUCUCUUU